GAGAGAGAGAGAGAGAGGGAAAGAUAAGAAUAAGAACAAAAAGAUCAGGUUUUUAGAGAGAAGAUCGGGGAGAUUAGAGAUAUGAUUUUCGGUGGUCGUCUCCGUAUCUGAUUUCAUAUCUCCGAUUAAUAAAUGUUCUUCCUUCUCUCUUUUUCUUUCUUCUCUGCAUGACAAUUAAACCAAAACCCAUCUUCAAAUUUCGAACUAAGGAGCAGAGAUUUUGAGUGGGUAUGCUGUGUAUCUAAGAAAUAAACCAUACCCAUCUUGAAAUUCUCUGAAUUUUAGAGUUUGUAGAGAGUAGUACAGUGAAAAUCAUUGAAUCUGUGUGGAAGAAUCUGUGAAAAAAAGACCAAGAAUUGUUUUUGAUUAUGAAAGGGAGAAACAGAGGUAGCACCUUAGCCUAUUGGGGGGUUUAGGGGGAGGUUUUUUGAGGUGUGUUAAAGAAUCCUACGGAAUCAUUUAUUCACAUUUAGGGGUGGUUGCGUUUUCUUCUUGUUUGCGGCUAAGAAAAAGCUUUGAUUUUCUGCAUUAACUCAGAGCUUCAAGAUCUUCAAAGGCCGUCUUUUUACGAAUUCUGUUUUCUUUCUUCUUUUUUCUUUUUUUAAAUUUUCUCGGGAGACAAACAGAAACGUAGCAAAUGAAGGAGCCAGAUAAGAGCUUGGAUCCGCAGCUAUGGCAUGCCUGUGCUGGAUCCAUGGUUCAAAUCCCGGCGGUGAACUCUAAAGUCUUCUACUUUCCUCAGGGACACGCCGAGCACUGCCUCUCCGCCGUGGAUUUCUCGUCUUCGCCGCCAAUCCCUGGUAUUAUUUUCAGCAGAGUGGCCGCCGUCAAGUUCUUGGCCGAUACUGAGACGGAUGAAGUGUAUGCUAAGAUCACGUUGGUGCCAUUACCGAGCAGUGAGCUUGAUCUCGAAGAUGAUGUCGUUUUGGGUUCCGGUCAUGGGUCGGAUAAUGCCGAAAAGCCCGCUUCUUUUGCUAAGACACUGACCCAGUCCGAUGCUAACAAUGGCGGUGGUUUUUCCGUUCCCAGAUACUGCGCGGAGACGAUUUUUCCGAGACUGGAUUACACCGCGGACCCUCCGGUUCAGACAGUCAUCGCGAAGGAUGUUCACGGCGAGAUUUGGAAGUUCCGGCAUAUUUACAGAGGGACGCCGAGGCGACACCUGUUGACGACGGGGUGGAGUACGUUUGUCAACCAGAAGAAGCUUGUCGCCGGAGACUCGAUUGUGUUCCUGAGAGCCGAAAACGGGGAACUCUGUGUAGGAAUUCGGCGAGCAAAGCGUGGGAUUGGGAAUGGGCCGGAGUGUGGAACUCCUGGAUGGAAUUCCGGCCAUGGAAGUGGAAAUUGUGCUAACCCCUACGGGAGCUUUUCUGCUUUCUUGCGAGAGGAAGAUUGCAAAAUUAUGAGGAAUGGGAAUCUGGGUUGCGCCGGAAACUCGAGAGCAAAGGGUAAAGUGAGGCCGGAGGCUGUUCUGGAGGCGGUGGCUCUGGCUGCUAAGGGACAGCCAUUUGAGGUGGUUUAUUACCCUAGAGCCUGUACACCAGAGUUCUGCAUCAAGGCCUCUGCAGUGAGGGCGGCAAUGAAGAUCAAUUGGUGUUCCGGGAUGAGGUUCAAGAUGCCAUUUGAGACUGAAGAUUCUUCAAGGAUUAGCUGGUUUAUGGGGACUGUAUCUUCUGUUCAAGUUGCCGAUCCCAUCCGCUGGCCUAAUUCACCAUGGCGGCUUCUCCAGGUUUCAUGGGAUGAACCAGAUCUGUUACAAAAUGUUAAGCGUGUGAGCCCGUGGCUGGUUGAAUUGGUAUCAAAUAUGCCUGUCAUCCACUUGUCACCCUUCUCGCCACCAAGAAAGAAGUUGCGGUUCCCACAACAGUUGGACUUUCCACUAGACGGCCAAUUUCUAAUGCCGUCAUUUUCAGGCAACCCCUUAAGACCCAGCAGCCCUUUGCGUUAUUUAUCUGAUAACGCUGCUUCUGCAGGCAUACAGGGAGCCAGGCAUGCUCAAUUUGGAAUAUCUUUAUCAGAUCUCCGUCUUAACAACAAACUGCAGUCAGGGUUGUUGCUGUCCAGUUUCCAACGGUUUGAUUCUCAGCCUAGAAUUUCAGAAGGUGUCAUGCCAAGUAACAUGAACAGCAGUGAGAAUUUAUCUUGCUUGCUAACAAUUGGGAAUUCUGGUCCAAAGGAGAAAUCUGAUAACAUGAAAAAGCACCAGUUUUUACUUUUUGGUCAACCAAUACUAACUGAGCAGCAAAUCUCUCGAAGCUGUUCAAGUGAAGCUGUUUCACAGGUUGUUAAUGGGAAGAGUUCAUCGGUAGGGAAUCCAGACAAAAGUAAAGAUUUUUCUUGCAGGUUGGGAACUGCCCUAGACCUUCAAUUUCCAGCAGAAAAGUCAUCUGGACCUGGUUUUUUAUGGAACCAGGAUUAUUUAACAUCAGAAUCUGGCCUGGAUACUGGUCAUUGCAAGGUAUUCAUGGAAUCAGAGGAUGUAGGGCGAACGCUUGACCUCUCAGUUCUCAGUUCCUAUGAAGAGCUAUACAGGAGGUUGGCCAACAUGUUUGGACUAGAAAGAUCAGAGAUGUUGAGCCAUGUGCUCUAUCGAGAUGCUACUGGUGCUCUCAAACGAACUGGAGAUGAACCAUUCAGUGAUUUUAUGAGAACGGCUAAAAGAUUGACAAUAAGGAUCAGUUCCAGCAAUGAGAGCAUUGGAAGGUCAUGGCUCACAGGGAUCAGAAACACCGAAAAUGGACUGGAUGGACCGAACAAGACUGGUCCCUUGAGCAUAUUUGCAUGAUAUCCAUAAACAGGACUGAUGUUUGAAGACUUUGUCAGACAGUAUAUAAGACUUUGAUCUCUUGUUAUCCAGCUUUUACCAUCACUGUUUAUUAUCCAUGUGUUUUUAGUGAGCAUCAUUGCAUCAAUGUGUAAAGGACUGCUGAACGAUUAUGUUUAUUAUGAUCAUGUUCAUGUAAGUAAGACUUUAAUCUCUUGUUAUCCAGCUUUUAUUUCCUUAUCCUAGUAUAUUCAUAUGUUUUAAUGAACACCAAUGUGUAAA